AUGGUGUUUCCAGCGAAACCGGGCAGUCAGAAGAGACCUCACGAAGAGUCUGAGUUACAAAUGGGAACGUCAGUGAAUGGAAAUGAGAACAGCGGGACAGAACCUUGUCCUAAACGGAAACGACAAUUCGACUUUGAUGCUCAUCCCAAACGUAAGAUUGCUCUACAGUUUCUUUACGAGGGUUGGGAUUUUGAAGGCUUGGUUCAACAGACAACCACAGAGAAUACGGUAGAGAGACACCUGAUGGAUGCUCUUCUAAAGACAAAGCUGAUUUCUAAUGAAAAAGACUGCGAUUUCUCACGAUGUGGACGAACAGACAGAGGAGUGUCUGCUUUUAAACAAGUAGCUGCACUUUUGGUGAGAUCAGCCGAUAAAUCAGGGAAAUUUGUAUUUUGGCCAGAAUCAACUGAUCAGUCUGUGAUCGAUAACUAUCCCAAAAAGGAGGAGUUAUCUUAUCUAAAGAUGUUGAAUGGAGUGUUACCGAAAAAUAUUAGCGUUAUUGCUUGGGCACCAGUACCUCAGGAAUUCUCCGCUAGGCAUGCUUGUAAUAUGCGAAUAUAUAAGUACAGUAUGCCGAGAGCAAAUCUGGAUUUGGAGCGUAUGCGUCGUGCUUGUGCCUUGUUCGUGGGAGUGCAUGAUUUUCGAAACUUUUGUCAGGUUGAUAUGAAUGAGAAACGUGUUAAUACGUCUUUUGUACGCGAAAUUUUCGAUGUAUCUUUGGAGGUUCUGCCCACGAGAUCACCAACUAACCUUCCAUCACGCAACGAUCUGAUAGAAUUGACUAUUAAAGGAAGCGGGUUUCUUUGGCAUAUGAUUCGUUACAUUGUUACCGUACUACAUGAAAUUGGUCAAAAAAAUGAAGAGCCGGAAUUAGUCUCCGAUCUCCUGAAUAUAGAGAAAACACCGUGUCGUCCACAAUACACAUUAGCUACUGGCACUCCACUAUGUCUUUAUGAGUGCAGGUUCGACUCUUCAAAUCUCGAGUGGAUUUACGACGACUUUGCUUUGAAAAGAACAAUGGCUUCUCUACAAUCUGAUUGGGCGGAUUUACAAACGAAGGCCCGCACUAUUGAAAAUAUGCUUCAAGAUUUAGCUGACACGCCUAUUGGAUCUGGUGUUGACCUGGAUAAGGGCCUUUUAGAAUUCACUCAGGGUCGUCCUAUUUCCACACGAUACAUCAAGUUUGCUGAUAGAAAAACAUGUGAUAGUGUGGAACAAAAGCGGGCAAAACUCGAAAGAAAGAAAAUCUCAAAUAAUGGUUCUGGCUAG